AUGCAGAGGUGUCGGCAGAGCUGCGCGGGUUCGUGGCGGCGUGCCUGCACAAGGAGCCGGUUCCUCGCCGCGAGCCAGCAUGGGCGGCGCGCCGUCGCCGGGGUCAUCCAGGAGAGGAGGGCCAAGCUGGAGCGCGGGGAGAGCUCGCCGGCCAGCGACGUUGUCAGCCUCAUGCUCUCGGAGGGCCUGCCUGACGAGGAGAUCAUCGAUAACGUCACGUUUCUCAUGGUCGCCGCGCACGACGCCACCGCCGCCCUCCUCACCUUCCUCAUCCGGCAGCUCGACGCCGACAAGGACGCCUACGACAAAGUUGUCCAGGAGCAAGAAGAGAUUGCGCGGAGCAAGGCGGCCGGGGAGGCUCUGUCGUGGGAGGACCUCGGCAAGAUGCGGUACACCUGGGCGGCAGCGCUGGAGACGCUGCGGAUGGUGCCUCCGGUGUUCACCAUGAUGAGGCUGGUGCAGCUCUGCCUAUUGAGUAUUUAUUGCUUCGUUGCAAAAAACGUCAUGCAAGAGCGAGGUUCCGAAACUCUCUACUUGCUGUUUGGAUUUUGUGAUCCCCAGCCAAUUUUGAAGGUGCUACAACUCCGUUGGGCUACUGCCGUUUCCAUGGUGCAGUCUGCUGAUUUGUUAUCGCUGGUGCGUUUCAGCCCAUCUAUAAGAUACAGGGGCAGUUUACCUCUGCAUCUAGCACGAGCUGGCCAUGUCCAACGUCUAUGUACUCCAAAGGCCGCACCAGAGGCAAUCCCUUCCCCACUCUCUCAGGUGAUGAUUGGAAGCCAUUACCAUUUUAUAGAGAACAAUCCUUACCUGGUUUUUGAUAGGAAAAGGGCCUCCGGCAUGAGGUUGAACAUACUUGCUGGAACAGCUGUUCGGUUUGAGCCAGGGGAUGCAAAAAGUGUUACACUUGUAAGCAUCGGAGGUCAUAAGGUAAUCGGAGGUGGAAAUGGCAUUGCUGAUGGUCCUAUUGACAGUUCACGGCUUAAUGAGGUGAUGCAGAAGGUUAAUGCAAAUUGUUUUGGACAUGAAGAUUAUCCAGAUGCAAGGGAAGGUCUUAUUGGUGAUGGUCCAUUUGACUGUACUGUUGAUCGUGAGAAGUAUGCGAGCAUUUAUGGACCUACCACUGGUGAUAAGAUUAGGCUUGGUGAUACCAAUCUUUAUGCUGAGCUUGAAAAGGACUUUGCCUUUUAUGGUGAUGAGUGCAUAUUUGGCGGUGGAAAAGUUCUGCGUGAUGGCAUGGGACAAGCUACAGGGUACCCAGAAUCUUCCUGCCUAGAUACAGUUAUAACCAAUGCUGUCAUCAUUGAUUAUACCGGAAUAUACAAGGCUGAUAUUGGUAUAAAAGGUGGACUUAUAGUUGCUAUUGGAAAGGCUGGAAACCCUGAUGUCAUGGAUGGUGUCCAUAGCAACAUGAUUGUUGGGCUCCCCAGACUUCCUCGACUGAUCGUCGCCACCUGUUGGAUGCUCGCUAUGCCACAUGGAGAUGAUUAA